AUGGGCCACCCGCGCCGCGCGCUCAGCUGCCUCUCCGUCGCGCUCGUCCUGCUGCCGCCGCUGCUGCCGCCGUACGGUCCGGGGCGCGUCGCGGAGCUCGCGGUGGCGGCGGAGUACUCCUCCAAGACCGACUUGGAUUACGAAUUCGCGGACUACCGGGGGAAGUGGUGCAUCGACGACCACGGGUUUGUUUACGGAAUCGGAGAGGUGUACUACCCUAGCCCCACGGCUUGUCCGUGCACGUGCACCGUGGACGGCCCUGUGUGCGUCCGACCCAAGUGUCCCCGCAUCCACCCCCGGUGCACGCGGAUGAGAUUUAAGGCAUGCUGUCCAGUGUGCGAGGCUAUGGCCAGGGUCUGCAUCUACGGGGGAAAAACGUACCGACCCCUAGAGGAGUUCAGGUUGUCGAGGUGCGAGCGAUGUCGCUGCGAGGCCAACAGAGAGGUGUACUGCAGCAUUUCAGACUGCCCCGCCCCGCACUGUGUCAACCCCACCUACGAACCCAACCACUGCUGCCCCAUCUGUAAGACUGGUCCCAACUGCUUUGCUGGGAACAGGGUGAUCCCGGCAGGAGAACGCCUGAACAUUGACGAGUGGACAGUAUGCUACUGCACAUACCGAGACGGGACGUGGCACACACAUCCCCAGGCCACGUGUGAGCAGCUCCCCAAGACCAGCCCGACACUCAGCACCCACACCGAGCCCCCCGCAGACGAGGAGUCCAGGGGCAGAGGAAGGAGGCCGUUUAUUCCCAGGCUGGAUGUGAUACCAUGAAGCAGCGUUUUAAAUAAAUGUGUCAUGGAGACAGAGACAUUCUGCAGGUACAAAUAGACUUGAACUUUAUUUAUUAGUGUCAGGACAGCCGAAUUGGGCUCCAAUAGAGCAUAAAUCAACCUGCACAUUUAUGUUUAAUAAAAACAGAGACUAUAUCUCACAGUGGUUGGAGCUGAGGAUA